UGCGCAUUGGAUCGUCGAUUUCCUCCAGACUCAAUCUCGGUCGCCCAGCACAAUAUCCAUCUAGCCCGAUCCUCCCCGCCACCUGCCGCUCGCAUUCACAGCCAUGUCUUGGUUCGGAUUCGGAAAGACCACGAAGCAGCAGCCCGAAGAGCCCGUCCAGCAGGCUCCUGCCUCCGCACCGGCACCUUUGUUCGCCGAGAUGCAGCCCGAAACCAUCCAGUCGAUGCUGUCCACGCCGCAGGGUGUCCUGGAUCAGUCCAAGGUCCUCCCUCCUGCCCCCCAGGACGAGAUCGAGUAUCUCUUUAUCCAGGACAACCCGAUGAUUCCCAGCACUGACAAGCCCACCGGCACCUUUGGUCCGCUGCCCAUGCGAACCUGGUCCGACAAAGUCUGUUAUGGAACCGGCUCAGCUUAUCUGCUUGGACUCUCUUCCGGCUCGGUGUACGGUGCCUUCCGAGGUUUGAAGACCGCACAGGGCCGAUCCUUCAACAUCCGCUUCAACAACGUCAUCAACACCGUCACCCGCUACGGCCCGAGAUACGGCAAUGCCAUGGGCGUCUUGACUCUGUCUUGGUCUCUGAUGGAUACCUGGUUCGGAUCCAUCCGUGGCCAAUCCGACUACUACAACCACAUCCCCGCUGCCUUCAUCACGGGCUUCAUUUUCAAGUCAACAGCCGGCCUUCGACCUGCUGCCAUCAUGGGAUCGUUAUUGGCUUCGGUGGUCGCCGGCUACGGCGCCCUCACCACUCUGCAAGGAAGCCAUCUCUAUCUCCCCCAGUACAACCCCACUGCUACCGCCUAAGCUUUAUAAUGCACCACUACCACCCGCCAUCGCCACCACGACCGCUACAAUCAACAUGUCUUGCUCUCGCAACGGAUCCGCGGAUCCACUUGUACCAUUACCGCUGUGUUCGCUCCUUGCUACGACGCUCUAUUACACCCUCGGAGCUGUACUGCAAUACAGGAUUCUCUGCAC